GUCACUGGAUUAUUGCUGGAUGAGCUCGUGUUGUCUUCUUUUAGCGCUCUAAACGAAUUUCCAGUAUUUAUUAAGGAAAUUAUUCCACUAUAAUUUAUAUUAUUUAGAUUUUCGUCAUAUUGGAUUGAGUACGCGUGUUUUCACUUUUCACCUUUCGGGGCAUUCACCUUGUCCUCCUUAUCGGUCACAUGAGACUCCAUAAACAACAGUGAAUGCAUCUGACCAGUAACUAAAAUGUCUGCAUUUGCUUUAAGGUCGGCGUCAGUCAAGAUCCUAACAGGACUUUCACCCUGUCUUUGGUUUGCACGCAGCAAGUUUACCAGAACAAGAAUUUCACCAGAGCUCAUCGCAUCGUGGUCUCGGAAUCACGACAAAUACGGCGGCGAUCCCGAGCAGCCUCACAAACUCCACAUCGUGACGCGGGUCAGGAGCACGAUGAGACGGCCGUACUGGGAGAAAGACAUGGUGAAGCAGUUGGGCCUCCAGAAGGCGAAUGUGCCCGUGAUCCACAAGAACACACCUUCGCUCAACCACAGACUCAAGUUCAUCAAACAUCUUGUCAGGAUUGAGCCUUUGAGGACUCCGUACGGGCUCCCCGGCGAGCAGGACAUGGCCGACAGCUACAUCAACACCAAAGGAGAGCUGAUCGUCCGACGCCUGCUGACGCCACUCCAGCCAAAAGCCAUAAAGUCUUAGUGCAUGCACACAAGUAUAUCAUAUAUAGUAUACGAUAUAUAAGAUAAUAAAACAUGCUUCUGCGUACAUUGUA